GCACUCUUUAUGAACAUCUUAACGAAGAUCGUAUUUCAUACAUAUUAAUACAAGUUAAAAAUUGGUCCACGCGUAAUAAAGGCGAUGACUACUUACUUUAUGCAACGGCUUUUCUGUCGCCAGCAUAUAUAGGCAUUGAGGAACUUCCGCAUAUGCCAUUUUUAUCGUUGUAUUUGCAAUUAGGUGCAACAACAGAGUUUGUUGACAUUCCGGAAGAGUUUGUUGAAACGCGCCAAACACGUCAAGUCAAUUCGUGUAAACGUAAAAUCAAUGAAGUACUAAAAGAUUAUAAAACGGAUCAUAAUGAAACAAGAAAGGAAUUUUUCAAGAAGAUUAGAAUUGAUUAUGAAAAGGAAGUUUCAGGUGCCGAAAUCACAGCGUUUCGAGAGCAUUUUCAGAUCUCACUUGGAUUGUUUGGAUUAUCUUCGAACGUUUACAAUUGUUUGGGGCAGUUUACACCAGUUUCCACACCAGUUUCCACAACCUCAUCAUCGGCCACGA